CAGUGUUAAGAGCAGAGUUAGUAAGAGAACACCUUAUUUUUCUGCGGAUCUCGUCAUAAAGUUUUGAAAGACACUCUUCGUUCGAAUUUUUAUGAAUCGGGACUUCAGAAAUGAAUAAAUUCUGAAAUAUGUUUCGCCUUUUUGCGAUAGUGACGAUACUCUUUAUGACGACUGACGCGCAAUUGGUGAGAAUGUUCUUUAUGUUCUUUCAAGUGUUCCAUCGUACAAGAUGGAUUACAAUCAAACUUCGAAAAAAGUUGAUAUCAAGUUGCAAGAAAUUUCUUUGUUAAAUGAUAAUCUUCCAUCAGUACGUUUGACUAAUUUUAAAAACGUGAUUUACUAUGGCUUCAUUAAAAUUGGAACUCCACCGCAAGAAUUUAAAAUUAAAUUUGUUUUGGAUUCCACACAUCUUUGGGUGUUCUCCAAAAAGUGCAUAAUCUCUGGUUGUUCACGACAUAAUCAAUAUGAUGGAAUGAAUUCCUCCACAUGUAUACCAAAUAAUAUGAUGGCUAAUAUAAAAUACGCCGAUUACAUAAUUGGUGGAUACCUAUCUACUGAUGUAGUAAAUGUUGGCAAUCUCAAUGUGAAGAAUCAUACAUUUACGGAAGCAGUAUACUUAUCACAUGGACAUAUAUUUGAUGCAUUUGGCGACCAAGAACUUGAUGGUCUCGUCGGCCUGCUCUCUUCCAAAUUAUAUUAUGGUAGAAUAACGUCUGUCUUUGACGACAUGAUUAAACAAGGUCUAGUGUCAUCACACAUUUUGAGUUUUUAUCUAAAUAGAAACACUUCAGCCGAUUUAGGUGGUAAAUUGAUAUUCGGUGGUUCCGAUCCUGCUUAUUACGAAGGAGAUUUGACAUAUAUUCUGUUACUAACAAAAAGGACUUGCAAUUUACCAUUGACAGUAUCCAAAUAAAUGAUUUAAUUUUGUGCGAGAGAAGCUGCCAAGCUGCCAUUGACCCAAGUCUUUGGCAAAUAACUGGACCACGAUUUGAUAUUGCACAUAUUUAUGAAUCUAUUAGAAAUAAUCCACGGGGAGUAGUGGACUGCGAUCGAAUUUUCCAAUUGCCUACAAUCAGAUUUAAUUUGAGUGGUAAGACGUUCAAUCUUACCGGUAAGGAUUACAUCAUUCGGCAUCCAGAUGAUGAAAGUAUAUGUCUAACCGUCUUCUCGAAACAUGAUGCAAAACCUGGCAGUAAAAUAGAAUGGAUUCUGGGAAUGCCAUUUAUUGGCCGUUACUACACCGAGUUAGAUAUGGAGAAAGAUCGAGUAGGAUUUGCUUUGGCGAAAAAUAUAUAGAAUUUAUCAAAAUGUGUAGAAAAUCUUUCAUUGUCAUCUUUUAUGGUAUACGUUAUUAUUAUUUUUUAAAUUAUUUGUUUAGUUUUCGGAAAGAAAAAAAUUUAAUCUUUUUUAAUCGCCAAUCGACAAGGUUCGCUUAUUAUGUCAAUGUAAAAUUUUGCGUAAUAUCUACAUAUCUGUGCGUUAAUUUUCAACAGCAAUACUUUAUCGAAAGUAGCUGAUAUAAGCUUAUUACUAAUCAGAAUGCGAAUUUUUGCAAACAGUGUCAUUUGCUAAGAUCAUUGUUGAACAUUUGUAUAUUGUAAGAAAUAAGCAGUAGAUCUGAUUGUUCCGAA